UAAGAGAGUGAUCGCAGUGCCAUGGCAGUGCAAUAAAAAUAGUUGUCUGCACCUGGUGGGAGUGGCAAGCUGUCCGAGGGCUGCCCAGCACCGCUGUGUCAACAAAUGCCUUCGCUAUGGAAGGAUAAUGCGGAGAUAACGCGAAGCAACAAUCUAUUAAAAACUUGAUGACCCCGCGAUUAUCAGGUGCAAUAUGAAAUGGUUGGCUGUUGAGGCGGCGGAGUGUACCAAGGUGGGAAUACAUGUCACGACGCGUGUGUUUUGCUCAUACAUUUUAAUAGCUCGCGAAUGCGCGCGUCCUCGAUGGGCAACACCUGCAUUUAACAGUUUCAUUGUUUCAAGCCAAAUGCAUACUGAUUAUUCACAAACUCGGCCCAAACGGCGGUGCAGUACGUGCGUGCACCAGCAGCUGCUGCUAUGAUCGCGCGCUCAAUGCACAAACAGCUGUCAUAUGCGAUACAAAUAGAUGUGUGCAGUGGAUAUUUUUACGCUGACCUAAAUGGAGCGGGUGUUCGCAGUUGCUUUUGUUUGUUUUAGCUCUGAAAACUUUUUUAAAGACUAUUUUAGUAGAUACAUGCAUGCGCCUUCAAAUAGAUAUGUCCACACACGCGCGAGAUCAGCCGGUGUCGCAUUGACAAGUGCUCGAUAUUUGUGCACGUGUAUUUCACAUAUCUCAGAUCUGCGGUUUGGUGAUUCGUAGACGUAGUGAGUCAUGGGGUCGUUUCUGCGGCGAUGUCCUGCUGCCCUGCUGCUGCUGCUGCUGUUACUCGCGGCCAUCGUGUGCGCGACCCCCCGGCGUCCGAACAUCGUAGUGCUUCUCGCCGACGACCUCGGUUACGGUGACGUGGGCUGCUUCGGCAAUACCACCAUAUCCACGCCGAACAUAGACAGGCUGGCACGAAAUGGCGCCAUGCUGACUCAUCACACGGCAGCUGCGGCCGUUUGUACUCCAAGCAGAGCAGCGCUGCUCACGGGCAGGUACCCCGUUCGCUCAGGCAUGGAAAGCUACUUUAAGAACAAGGUGUUUAUAAUAGUCGCAGCAAGUGGCGGGCUACCUCCAAAUGAGACGACGUUCGCCAAGAUUCUUCAACAGCAAGGCUACUCCACAGGAUACAUAGGCAAGUGGCACCUGGGCUUGUACUGCACGUCCAAGAAAGACCCCUGCCACCACCCCCUGCGUCAUGGUUUCGACUACUUCUAUGGGCUACCCCUGACGAACCUCAAGGACUUUGGCACCAACAGUGGCAGCGUGGUCACCACAUAUAUUCCCAACCUCCUCCGCUUCUGCUACACGGCCAUGGCGCUUAGCGCUGCUCUCACCUACCUGCUCCUCCGCAAUGGAAGACCACUCCUUGCGUCGUUUGUGUUUACCCUCUUCUUCCUCGACCCCGCUGCAUUAAUUUUCUUCGUGAAGCACAUUCCAACACUCAACGGCGUGGUUAUGCGCAAUUUCGACAUAGUUGAGCAGCCCCUUCGGCUGCCGGGCAUGACGCAGAGACUUGUCGCCGAGUCCCAGCAGUUCGUGCGCUCUGCAGUCGCAGAAGGGAAGCCCUUCCUGCUCUUCCUCUCCUUCAUCCACGUGCACACGGCCCUGUUCUCGCACCCGUUCUUUGCCGGCAAGAGCGUGCACGGCCGCUACGGAGACAACGUUGAAGAGCUGGACUGGGCCAUUGGCAAGGUUACAGAACUGUUGCAGGAGACGGGCCAGACGAACAACACGUUUGUCUACUUCACCUCUGAUAAUGGCGGCCACAUCCAAGAGGUUGGAAUAAAUGGCGAGAGGGAAGGUGGCUACAAUGGCAUUUUCAGAGGCGGGAAGACCAUGGGAGGGUGGGAAGGGGGCAUUCGCGUGCCCACGGUAGUUUCCUGGCCGGAACACAUUCCCCGUGGCCACAAGAUUGAGGUGUCAACGAGCCAGCUCGACAUGCUGCCCACGGUGCUGGCACUGGCUGGGGCAGAGCCUCCUCGGGAUCGUAUCAUAGACGGCAGCAACAUACUCCCGCUGCUCCGCAACGAGUCCACAGCUGACUCGCACGAGUUCCUCUUCCACUACUGCGGCAUUCAUGUCCACGCUGUCCGCUACAUUCCUCGCGAUGGUUCUGGAGUGUGGAAGGUGCACUUCAUGAGCCCCGACCCUGCCCGCUGCACGUACGUCUGCCACUGCUACGGACACUACGUGCUGCGGCACGACCCACCACUCGUCUAUCACCUGAACUCCGACCCGUCCGAGUCACGGUCGCUUAGCGAACGCGACGAUCCUCGCGUUCCACGAGUGGUGGCGGCUGCCAGGGCGGCGAUUGCGAAGCAUAAGGCAUCAGUGCAAGGCGUACCACAGCAGUUUGACUUUCUCAACUCUGUCUGGCGUCCAUGGUUGCAGCCGUGCUGCAGCUAUCCAUUCUGCUCCUGCCAAGAGAACUUCACGCUCACCGCUUCCUUAUGAGCCAAGCUCCCAACGACGCGUAGGUGACCUGCACAAAUUCGUGUAGUGUAGACCCCAAGCGUGUGUGUGACAUCAGUGCCCCAAAGGAGGGGGGAUAGAUUUUUAAAAUUUUACGACUGCUCUCAUGACUGCAUUUAUGCACUGACACGAGAGCUUUGAACCACUUUUGUUUGCACCAUGGUGCCUGGACGACUGGUAGCCACGGUGGAAAAAAGUGCUGGGAAAAUUACACUGAGUAAAUGCACAUUUUUUUAAGGUGCAAAUUUUAUCCUCACAUCUUGUUUCUGGUAUUGAUAAUUGCUGGAAGUGAAGCGUUGUUGUUAGCACCUUUUUUGUUGUUGUUAUACCUGUUUUUGUGGUAUCUGAAUGGUGUCAACGAAAAACCACAUACAGAAAUGUAGUGCAGUCAUAUGUUGCAAAACUUGACUGUUACCAUGAAAUUGCUGAUGUAAGGGACCUCCCAGCAUUAUCCUCUAUAGCCAUCAAAUCACGUUUUGAUUUGUGGCUCUCCAGAAUAUUGCUGUGCCAAGGUAUUAGUGCGUAGGAAUCUCUCUUACUAAGCAAUGUCGUAGCAAUCCUGUCAGGCUCUGAGUGAUAUCAAUGCCCCUCUUAAUCUGAACACAAAGUGACGGCCGGUGACAUCAUUGCAGCUGUAUGCAAUGAUGUCAUUUGCAUUGGUAACCACCACGUGGUUUUAAGUAGCAAUGGCAUGGAAAAUAUUUCCAACCUAUUUUCAUCAUUGUGUUAGUAUGUCCGAUUCACACCACACAAUACGUAAGCUGCAUUCAUGGCUGUAUUUCGUUUCAUCUGUUUAUAACUAAAAGUGGAAACCGCACAGAUUGCAAUUCGGUUCCAACCACACUUUAAGCAUUACACGGUGGAGAAUAGGUGUAUCUCCAUUUUGUCAAGGGCCUAGACACACAAGAGGAAGAAAAGUCUAGGGAUUGUGCCUAGGUACUGCGGAUGCACUUUGCCUGGUUUGUCCCUAGCCAAGCUGCACCAUGCAACCACAGAUAAAUACUCCAGAAUACGCUCUCUCCUCACUCGUGGCGUAGCAGUUGCAGCACCUGCAAUUUGAUUGGGAGGCCCUUCAUUCGAAUCGCAUUAAUCGUCUGUGCUCCUUUAGUGGCUGCAGACCAAUGAAUAAUGACUCGUUGUUAGUACGGAUGUAUUUUAUUGUAUGCUUCGCCAUUCAAGAAACUGCAUCGGCCACUGCGAUCCCGUUUAGACGCAAGUUAAGUGCCGGUUCUGGUGUAGUGUGCGUUGCCAUCAGCUAGGGACGAAUGUAGUAAAGGGUGUCUUCCUCAGUAAUACCUAGGCGCAGCCCCCAGAUUUCUCUCUCACAACUCGUACAUGUGCACAAGUGUCAGGCAAAGGAGGCACAACUCUCGCGUGUUUGCGCCCUUGACAAAACGGAAAUACGCAGAGAAUAAAUGCAACUGUGCCUUGCUGAAAGUGCAAAAAUAUGUGGUUGUUUUGUUUUACCUGUUUUCAGACGGGCACUUUUGAUCGCCACUGAGCGCGAUCGGCAUAGGAUUUCUGAAUCGAUUGAUGCCUUUGCGCAGGCUGUUGGGAGGAGCCAAUUGUGAUUGAGAGAGAGAGCAUUUCUAACCUUGUCAUUGUCUUCAUUUUAUGCUCGUUGAUACUUUUCCAUGGAUAUGAACGAAUGAGCCAAUUCAAGGAGCUACAGCUUACCUGGUCUGUACACAACCACAGUGCAAACAAUCAGUGUGGCAUAUAUAUAUUCUCUGUGUUGUUCUACCAGUAUUGAUUCUAUUGCCCAUUCAGUUAGAAAGAUAAGUAUGUUUCUGGCUCGAUACUCUAGUCCGAAAUGAGCGUAGUUACAGGGGCCAUCUACCUCCCUCACAUAAAUGUUUACAAAACACUUGUUGCAGGUACAACCUCACUCUGUGGGUAUCCUUUAUUUCCACACUGCCUGGUUGCUGCAAACGUUACUGUUUGGUUACAUGUUAUGUUGUGAUUUUAUAAUAAACAUUUAUCUUACU